AUGAGGGUUUCUCAUUCAGAUCCCGAUGACUUUCCAAAAUUGCUGUGGAAAUGCACGACCUGCCAGAAGACACUGGGCAGCAAACUGCAAUUGAAAUUUCACAAUAAAAUGCAUACUGAGGGCCGAUAUCACAGUCUCCAAUUAAAAUUACACACGAAACCGCACAAGUGCAACAUAUGCGACAAGUCAUUUAGCGCGAGCACCAUCCUCAAAAAUCACAUGAAGAGUCACGCACGGGAGAAGCUCAAGAUAUCGCCGGAAGCGGAGAGCCUAGUGCCGCAAGUGGUACUGCCAGAACCACUCGUCAUCAGCGAUGCCGAUAAUAAAAUCAGCGUGGUGCAGGUGCAGUCGAAACAGAAACAAUUGUACGAAGGUGUCAGUGUAGCCAGGCCGCACGAGUGUUGGGUUUGUCACGCAGCGUUCAAGAAAGUCAGCCACUUGAAGCAACAUUAUCGCAGGCACACUGGCGAGCGUCCUUACAAGUGCUCCAAGUGCGACAGGUGGUUUACGUCGAACAGCGUUCUGAAAUUUCACCUGCAUACGCACGACGACGCGAGGCCGUACAGUUGUUCGAUGUGCGACACGAAAUUCUUGACGCGGGGCAGCAUGAAGAGGCACUUAGUCACGCAUAGCAAUAAAAGAUCGUACAUGUGUCCGUACUGCCAAAAGACGUUUAAGACGAACGUCAGUUGCCGGAAGCACAUAAAAAGUCACAAGCACGAGCUCGCGCAACAGCAAUUAGAGGAACAAAAGACGCAGAAUCAGAAGGAGCCGCAGCCUUUGAGCGAGGAUAAAGGAGCUACCUCAGCAUUACCGGGGAGCAUCACUCUCGCCGAAGAUAUGAAGGUGUCGUUUCAACCGCAAAUGGCGCCGGAUACACAGGUCUUCUCCGAUCAGUUCCAAAGUCUCAGUGCGGAGAAAGAGAAAUCCUUUUUACUCCCGGACAACGCAACGUUGUUGAUAGUGAAUCAAAAUUUAUCUGUCGGCACAACUAAUUUAGGAACAUCGCAAACGCUACACGCCGAUGAAACCGGUACUAUCACGUUACCUAAUUACUCAGGGGAUCAAACUUUCACGCCGGAAAUCAAACGAGAGAUCGAAGAGACUCUGAAUCAGCAACUGUUUAAUAUCGACAUGAAUCUCGGGCUGGAAGCAAACAAUCUACCAAGGCAGAUGGACGAGGCGAACACGAGUUCUCUCAACAAUUCCAGAGAACAACCGGUGCUCAAUAUUAUAUAUGAGCAAAACAAGAAUCUGGAAUCAUCGAGCAAUACCAUAUUCAUGUCACAAUUCGAAUCGUUUGAUAUGAAACAAAUUAAAUUGCAGACGGAUAACGAUAUGGACAUCGAUCUAAAUCCGACCAACUCCACGAGUAUGUCCAGUAUUUUGCCCAGAUCCAUGGGAAACAACCAGCAAGAGGAACAACGGGCUGCUCCAGUUACCACAAACAGCAAU